AUGGACAGUGAGGUGCAGCGAGACGGGAGGAUCUUGGACCUGAUUGAUGAUGCUUGGCGGGAAGACAAGCUGCCCUACGAGGAUGUUGCGAUUCCACUGAGUGAACUUCCUGAGCCUGAGCAAGACAAUGGCGGCACCACAGAGUCUGUGAAAGAACAGGAGAUGAAGUGGGCAGACCUGGCCUUACAGGGCCUCCACGAGAACGUCCCUCCCGCUGGAAACUGACUCUGGGCUCCUUCCCAUGGGUGGAGUUUUCAAAAAUAUGUGGAUAAAAAUGUCUCCAAAUUCAGAUCUUUGGUAAUAAAUCAACACUCAAAAGCA